AUGGAGGCCUCUGAAUUUCCGCAAAGAUUGUACACUAAAGGCGGUGAACCACUCCCAGACAAAAGCAUCAGCUAUUAUGCUGGUGAUUAUAGGCUGGUUCCUUCACUACGGCAAGCUCUACGAGAGGAUGGAUGGGCCGAUAUUUAUGAGUCACUGUUGGGUGUCUUAUUAAAGUUCCACGACUUGGAUUUUGGUUGGGCGUCUAGGCUGGUGCACCACAUGCUCACCUUUCAGAUAGUUUGCAAUCAGAGGUACGAGCUACAGAGCCUGAUUGUUACCACUCCAGUGAGGUUUUCAUUGCAUGAGUUUGAGGAAAUCACCGGACUCAACUGCGGGUACGUGAAUGACUUGGCUCUAGCUGAUCUUGAGAUUUCCGAUGACAUGCGGGUAUUUCGGGAGCAAAUGGGGGUCAAUAUGGAGUUGGGGCCAAGCACAUUUGAAAUAAUUGAAGCUUGUUCCAACUGCUCAUCAUGGUCUCGGGAUGAUAGGCUGCGGUUGAGAUAUCUUGGGAUCUACGCUGGUUUCAUAGUGGCAACGGAAACAAUCUCACCAAAAAAUGCUAACCAUGCCAGACUAGUGGUAGAUCUUGAGGGUUUUAAGGAGUUCCCAUGGGGAAGAAUUGCUUUUAAGCAUCUGAUAAAGUCUGUCAAGGAGAAAGAUCUCAGCAAAAAUAUUAAUAUAGAAGGAUUUGUGCAAGCUCUUCAAGUAUGGGUAUACUAUGCUCUUCCGGAUUUUGCUGCUGAAUUUGGCGAGCCAUUGCCAAAUGAUCCAAACCCUCUUCUGUCAUACAAAGGAUCAAGAGGACGAAAGAACGUCAAAGCCAACAUGCUAAAACAUUGCUGCGUGGCUAAGGACUUGGCGGAUAUGUUUCCAGUUUGGGAUGAUGAGCAACAUCAUCCGAAAAUUUUCAAGGUUGUCAAUGCAAUCCAUGACCCACAAUUCAACUGUGAAAAGCAGAUCAAACUUCUCAGCGAUAAGGUAGAAGCAGUAGAGCACGCAGUAGAGGAGUUGACAACAGGGACGGCUAAGCACACUGACGAAGAGGUUAAAGACAAUGUAGAGCCGAGCUAG